CACACCGAGCAAGAAAGAGCAGGAGAGGUAGGGAGGGAAGACAUCACCAGGUUAGCUGCUAAGCUAAUGCUAACGCUAAUAGAAGUAACGUUGACGCUAAACAACGUCUUAGCAACUAUUCGAUGGAGAGAAAAUUUGCUAGACGGUGAGGUGUUUAACAGCGCCUCACAUAGAUAAAAAUUCACUGUUUGUGAUGAAAAAAAUCACGCUACAGUCAACUCAGUAUAGCUAGAGCUGUGAAAAGUUCGAUGACAUCAAACACGCUGGCAACAGGAUGUGACGCAACACGCUUGCCGUCAGCCUUGAGACAUGAGAUCCUCUGCAGUGUAGAGAGAGACCCUUCUGCUGUUUACCGCGAGGGACCGCAGUACAGACUUCCCAAAUGGCCGAGGAGGUUUUAAUUCCAUCGUCUGGGAAAAUCACAUCGCAACUGACCGGCUCCUUGUUGGCGGUGGCGUUCCUCACCUCCCUCGGGAGCUCCAUGCUUUAUGGCUACAACCUGGCUGUGGUCAACUCGCCUGCUGUGUACAUAAAGGACUUUUACAACCAGUCUGUGGUUAAUCGUAAUGGAACCGGACUCAGCGAGGAGACCCUGACCCUCAUGUACUCUCUCACCGUGUCUGUCUUCGCUAUUGGAGGUCUGCUCGGUUCAGUCAUCGUGGGCAUCCUGGUCACUCGCUUCGGCAGGAAAGGCACGGUGGUAAACACAACAGUGCUGGUGUUUAUUGCCAGCUUACUCAUGGGCUUCAGCAGGAUUUGUGGGUCACCUGAAAUGAUCAUCGUCGGCCGCUUCAUCACAGGGAUUCACUCAGGCAUCUCUUUAAGUGUUGUACCGAUGUACCUGGGUGAGAUAGCGCCAAAGAACCUGCGAGGCUUCCUCGGUCUUGUGCCGAGUAUCUUUAUUGGAACCGGAGUCUUCACUGCCCAAAUCCUGGGACUACAUGAGCUUCUGGGAAAGGAGGAACACUGGCCCCUCUUUCUUUCAGUGGUGGCGGUGCCCACCUUCAUCCAGUUGAUGUUGUUGCCAUGGUUCCCAGAAAGUCCAAGGUACCUGCUGAUUGAGAAGCACAACGUCCAUGCCACCAUCACAGCCCUGAAGUGGUACAGAGCCAAGUGUGACAUCCAGGCUGAGAUUGAGGAGAUGCAGGAGGAGCAGCGCUCCCUGUCGUCAGUGGAGACGCUGUCGGUGUGGAAGCUGUUCCAGGAUGACACAGUCCGGUGGCAGGUGCUCAGUGUGAUGGUCAUCAACAUUGGCAUGCAGUUGUCCGGCAUCGAUGCUAUCUGGUUCUAUACCAACGACAUCUUUGAGGAUGCGGGUAUCCCAGCACCAGAGAUCCCGUACACCACAGCAGGAACAGGAAUUAUAGAGAUCAUUGCUGGACUCGUUGGGUGUUUCUCGAUAGAGAAACUGGGCAGGAGGCCUCUGAUGAUCGGGGGUUUUACCAUGAUGGGAAUUUGCUGUGGUGGAAUCACAGUGUCCCUCAUUUUACAGGCUCACAUACCGUUCAUGCGCUACGUUGGUGUCACCUGCGUCGUUGGCAUCAUCGCCGGCUUCUGUAUCGGCCCAGCCGGUGUUCCCUUUCUGAUCACAGCAGAGCUGUUUAAACAAUCCCACCGGCCGGCUGCUUACAUUGUCGGAGGAUCUCUAAACUGGCUGUCUAACUUCACCGUGGGCUUCGUCUUUCCCUUUUUACAGAUGUCUGCGGGGUCUUACAGCUACUUGGUAUUCGGCACCAUAUGUCUGUCUGUGGCCGCCUACGUUUACGUGGUGAUACCAGAGACCAAGAACAAGACCUUCAUGGAGAUAAGCCAAAUGUUCACCAAGAAAGAGGCAGUUCCAUUGACGCAGGGUCUGAUCCACGUGGACCAGCUAAAACUAAAGAAGAUGAACGGCUACGGUGGGAUGGAGCAUGCUUCACUGGAGUUUGACAGCUCUUCGUCUGUACCUUAACCAAGCUUGAGGUUCUUAAUGUUACAACAAAACCAUUGCAGCUUGUUUUGCCCAUUGUACCAUCUUUACAUGUGGACAUAAACAAAACCCCACCCUCACAACGACUCAGUGGGGUCUGGUUUGGUGUGCAUUAUAGACAACAGUUAAUUGUAUACAGUUGUGUUAUUUUAAACUUCUUAAAUCAAUAUGAUAAUUCAAUCUGUUAGAGCCAUUGAGUCUUAUUUUCAUGGCCGUCCAUUGUUAGCUAAUCAGAGAUUUAAAAAGAAACUUUGAUUAAAAAAAUUUAAGUAGUUUUAGUUUAUGAUAAAAUGUGCAUUGCUGUACAAUGGUGCCUUUGUCCAUUGUUUGAACCUUCGCAGUGCUUAAGUCUCACAUCAGUGUCCCAUAAAAUAAAUGUUACCGGAGCUUGUGUGAACCUUUUGAAAUAAUGUUUAUCUUUUGUAUAUUGCAGUAAAAGAAAUAUCUUUCAUGUGGAACCUCAAUAUGUUUGCAUGUUUUGACUGUCCAUUCAUAGGGCCAUAUCACUUAACACAAGUAUCAGAGUACUGUCUGAGCUGUACAUUAAAAUGUGCUGAAAUGAUUAUUGUACAAACAGAAAAUGUUUUUGUUUGAAUAAUUGGAACUAUAUUUAAGAUAUUUUGAAUUAUUUAAAGACGAAAACACAAAUGAAAUAUAGUAAUACUGUGUCCUUGUCUGUUUUAACAACUACCGCCUUAGCGUCCCUCCAGUGGCAAUAUGAUGGGAGUCAUAUCCAGCUCUGGGUAUUCUGUACAGUUACAAUGAUAGACAUUAUCAUUAAUUAUAUUGUUAACAUUAUUUCCCUUGCCCUGGUCAGCUUCACCUGUUCCCAAUCACCCCCCUCCUCCCUUGACCUGUUUUCUCCCCUUCGUUUGUGUCCUCGUCUUAGCACCUCUGUGUUUAACGCUACAGUCUUUUCUCCCUGUUACAUUGUUUUAUGACUCUCUUUUCCCGGACUUUUAUUUGUACCCACCUCUGUUUGAUGUAAAAAAAAGGUGUCCUGCAUAUUUUGUAGUACCUGCUUUUCUUCUCUUCAUUGUCUGUUAUAAAGUCGGAUAUGAAUAAUAUGUUUGGUACGGUUGA